UACGCCAACGUGCCCAGGCAGCAGAACUACUACUCCAUCUGAGCACGUCAAGGGACACGGCGCUGCCAAGGGGGAAGCCACUGUAGCCGCGGCGGCCGCAGGUGUGCUGCUGCGUACUCGAGGAGGAGAAGCACUGGGACUCUGCAGGCAGCUCGUGGUUCUCAAGCCAGGUAGCGUGGCGGAGCAAUGGGUGGGUAUGCAUCUGAGUACUCACAUACUGGUCCAGUCCGGGGAACAAUGCGAUUCCGAAGGCUCGUAAGGCAGCCAAGCCAGUCGGAACACUGCUCCACUCAUGUCUCUGCUGGAGGCGAUGUCAAAUCUUCUCCUAAAGUGGUUCUUGAACAGACCCAGCAACGCACGGGCGUAAAGGUUUCCAACUAUUUUGCUAAAGAUGCUACUUGCUUCAGCUCUUUUGGACAUGAAGUAGUUGAACUGGGAAUUCGAUCUGGUUUGCAACUUUUUUUCUCGAGUGCAGUCGAUCUACUUUAUGGUCACACCGAUCUCCAGUAUUUUAAUUCAGUUUUCAUCUAAAAUUAAUUUUCAUAAGAAAAAUACUACUCUUAAUUAGUUGAGGGGCAAAGUUAUGGUCUCUCUGAUUGUGACAUGGAUCGCAUUGUUAUAAGAAAAAUCUCAACAAAUUGUAUGUUC